AUGAAAGAGUCCCAGAAAGUGUUGAAGGGCGCCGCAUACACGGAGGCUGGUCCUAUUUCGGAUGUAUCGCAUCACAAGGCCGCAGCCAGUAAGGCAUUUCUUGAGAAUCAUUACCGUGGAAUGUUGCGUGAUGCUCGGAGUGGAGGAAGUGCGCGUCCGGUUGGACCAAGACAGCGUGAGCCUCGUGUGGAUGAUUUUAUUCUCAUCAAGCGUAUUGGAAAAGGUGCCUUUGGGGAGGUGUAUGUAUGCCGUCGUAAAGGGGAGGUGGAUGGGCAGCUGUACGCCCUAAAGCGUAUGCGAAAGACGGAUAUGAUUCGUAAAAAACAGAUUCUGCAUGUUCGUUCCGAGAAGGAUGUGAUGGCGGAGGCGGCUGCGAAGAAUAUGUGGGUGGUGCGAUUGUACUUGAGUUUCCAGGACGAGCAGUACCUCUACAUGGUGAUGGAGUACAUGCCUGGCGGGGACAUGAUCUCCUGGCUGUGCCUCAAGCAGAAGUUCGAUGUGGAGAGCACGCGGUUUUACAUUGCGGAGCUCUGCGCCGCGGUGGCGAGUGUGCACGACAUGUUCUUUGUGCACCGCGACAUCAAACCCGACAACAUUCUGCUGGACGCGCGGGGGCACAUCAAACUGACGGACUUUGGCCUCUCGAAGCGCUUCGCGGCGGCCGGGGAGGAA